AUGCUGGCAAGGUCUUGCUUGCGCUCGACGCGCACCCUCAAUGGGCUCCGAAAUGGCGUCAACAAUGUGUCCAAGCGCGCCGCCUCGACCAGCUCGGGUGCUGCCGGGGAAGCUUCCCCUGCGCGAUUGAACUUCGCCGCUAUCGCCUCGACCACCGUCGCUGCCGGCUCCAUUGCCUGGUACUACCACCUCUAUGGACCUGUGGCCUUUGCUGCCAGCCCUGCUGAGGAAGGUCUGCACGCUACACAAUAUCCAUGGGUCCAUCAGCAGUGGCUCAAGACCUUCGACCACCAGGCUCUUCGCCGAGGUUUCCAGGUCUACAGGGAAGUCUGCGCCAGCUGUCACUCACUUAGCCGUAUCCCCUACAGAACAUUGGUUGGCGCUGUCUUGACUGUCGACGAGGCCAAGGCUCUUGCUGAGGAGAAUGAGUACCCUGGUGAGCCAGACGAGCAGGGCGAGAUCCAGAUGCGACCUGGAAAACUGGCCGACUACAUUCCCGACCCCUACAAGAAUGAGGAGGCUGCCCGAUUUGCCAACAACGGUGCCCUUCCGCCGGAUCUGAGCUUGAUCGUCAAGGGUCGCCACGGUGGCUGCGACUACAUUUUCAGCUUGCUGACUGGCUACCCUGAAGAGCCUCCCGCCGGUGCCCAGGUCGCUCCUGGCAUGAACUUCAACCCUUAUUUCCCCGGAACUGGUAUUGGUAUGGCUCGUGUUCUUUAUGACGGCCUUGUUGAGUACGAAGACGACACCCCCGCCUCCACCUCUCAGAUGGCCAAGGACGUUGUCGAGUUCCUCAACUGGGCUGCCGAACCUGAAAUGGACGACCGCAAGAAGAUGGGCUUGAAGGUGUUGAUUGUUACGUCGGCUUUGUGGGCCGUCAGCGUCUGGGUUAAGCGAUACAAGUGGGCAUGGCUGAAGUCGAGAAAGCUUGCCUAUGACCCUCCUGCGGACUCCAAGGUUCGCCGCUAG